AGGCAGAGAGUGAAGAAAGCAAGUUUCAAUGUUAUCUUUGGACCAUACUCUAAAAACUGACCCUUAAGCAACCACAAUGGAAGAGGAAUAUGGCACAAGGAUCCUAGGAAACCCAAGAACACGGCCCAGGAAAAGAUUCUGGCAACAGCAUCUUGGGUGAUUAAUCAGCUGUAGAGAACCAGUUGGUGACAAGAGGCAGAUGCUGAUGAGGGACCAUGUGAGACUGGAACAGUGAAAGAAGCUUUCUUAUUGUGUGGGAUCUCUGCUUCAAUCAUCAGCUUUUGCUAGUACAAGACGCAAAUGCUACUAAAAUGAAGACUUGUACCAAGAGCCUAAGAAUUGGUGCAUGACAUGAAUAGUCUUAUGCCAAAGAAGAGCCAACCUGUUGAAGACAUACCUAAGACUGCAACACCUAUGAGUAGAAUUCUUGAAAGGCAAGGAAUCACUGACCCAGCAUCCUGGAACUAAGAUGUCAUAACAAGAGCACACUGAAGAUAACUGGCAGGAUCUGGGCGUGCUCAGAAGGGAGCUGGAAAAACGCUGAAGCAGGUUUUAGCCUCAGCCUCAGCCAGAGGAGUCUUCCAUUUCUGCUGUUAAACUCUCAACCAUUUCCUCCCAAAAAGGAAAAAAUAAAUGUGAUUUGGAUAGGAACCAAAUAAAGGUUCAUUGCCUCUAUCCCUGGGAAAAUGUGACAAGCACCCACCCUCCUCCUUGCUGCUAUCCUCCAGAUCAGCUGAAAGCACAGUUCCUGUGGCCCAUUGGUGCUGUGUAUGAGCCGGUUCAGCAUCCACCAUGGCAGAAAUGGAGCACCUGAAUGAACCCAGGCUCCCAGCUCAUGCCAGCCGCAUCCAGAGGAACAUCCUGGAAGAACAUGUGGAGCUAUGGUGGUUCCAGGAGCCCAAGAAGUCCCUUAUUUGCUACGGAGUAGCAGUGGCCUUGAUCCUGGCCUGUGGGGUGGGUGGUAUUGCCCUACUGUACAGUACUAGCAGUCGCUCUGGAGAGUGGAGGCUGGCAGUGGGCACAACACUCUGUCUGCUGGCACUCUUGGUACUACUGAAGCAGCUGUUGAGCUCUGCCAUCCAGGACAUGAACUGCAUUCGCAGACGGGAACAGGUGGAGUUGCUGAAGAGCGGUGGCUCCUCGGACUGCGCUGUGCUUCUGCUGACAGCCUUGGUGCUGCUGGUGUGUGGCACAGUGCUCACAGCCCUCUCUACCACCAGUGUCAGCACUAACCCCACAACCCCACGCCCCUUUGCCAGCAUGUUUAUCAGUGGCAUUGUGCUCACAGCCGCUGGAGCAAUUAUUCUCUUCAGCCUGUUGUUCUAUUUAACAUGGACUUCCUGCCGCACAGCAACUCGUCAAAACCAGGGGGCUCAAAACAACAGUGCCAUUUUCACUGUAUCAGGACAUAUUUCGGCCAGUCAGCAAUUUCCUCCUACCUCCAGUAUGGCAAACUUAAUUUAGCCAUCAAGGACAUAAUAGGUGACUGCCAUUGACUCUGAGAUUACUCUGACUUUAAGGUUGGAUUUGCUCUAUAUGUCGUCUGACCCAAACUCAGCAAUGUGAUGAACUUUUCACCACAGAGCAUUUAUUCUCAGUCAGUAAUGAGGCCUAGCUUCUUGGUAAGACGUUUGCUUUGGAGCACCGGGAGAUUCAAAAGAAGUGUAAAUGAAGGAAAACAAAUGGCCAUCACUCUCAACUGGGACUGUGGUUAUCCUAAGUAACUAAGGCAACUUGAAAACGCAGAUAAGCAGCGCUCUCUCUCUCUCUCUCUCUCUCUCUCUCUCUCUCUCUCUCUCUCUCUCUCUCAGCGAUUCCACUGAAAAUCUAUUUCAAUCUAAUGUUGUUUUCUGAGGCAUUACUAUACCACUUUUUUCCAGGUGAUCACAAGAGGAUAGCAAUAAGUUAUAUUUGUAUGUUUCUUUUUGCUAUCUUCUAGCAAUCCCAAAUUUUGUAACCCAGAGAUGGCAAUUCUGCAACUUGCCAUUAUUAUUUAUUUACUAUUUAUUAAAUUUAUUGGACGUCUACCUUACCACAGACUAAUGGUACUUGACAGAAAAUAGAGGAUAGGAAUAAUAUUUUCCAGUCUUAAGAUUUUGGUGUUCUCCAGUUUGUAAACAAGAUAAAGUCACCCAGUCACUGGGAGUCAGGUGGCAUGUAAAUUUCAUGAAUGUUUAUUAGUAGUAUUAUAAAAGAAAGUUUACAGGAGAAGCAUUCUGUGUGAAUCAAUUCAUACAAUAUAUAUGGAAAACAAAAGUGGUAUAGAUAUGCUGGUGUAUGAAGAAAUAAUAUUUCGUUUAGCUUUAUAAUGGAAGUCCCUAGGUCUGAUUAUUUCAAGAAACAUCUUGCUCCUGACAAAGAGCAAAAUAGAUGUACAGCAUCUGCAGAUGAGGAGUUUUGUAAUAAACAUCUGUCCUUUCCUGCAAUGCCAGCUUUCUCAGCAGUAAAAUAGCAAAGUCAGUAAAGUUUACUUACAUUGUACUCUACAGGUAGUCCUCAACUUACAACAGUUCAUUUAGUGACUGUUCAAAGUUAUAACAGCACUGAAAAC